CACGCACACCGUUUGACGUUUGUCUUAAUCAAAACAAACAAUAGGAAAUCGGGAUAAAAACACGUUUCCGUGCUCCGACGAACAGCACGAUGCUCACGUUGGCCAUCGUAAAACCUCAUUGCCUUAAAAAUCCUUUUGCCUACGAAACGAUACACCGAUUGCUAGCUGCCAGCGGUCUGCAGGUUGUCGAGAAAAAGAGGGUGCAGCUGUCCCGGGCUGAGGCCGAACAGUUUUACGACGAACAUCGGAACAAGUUCUUCUUCCGCCGGCUAGUAUCGCUGAUGACCAGCGGCCCAUCGGAAGUAAUUUUGUUGUCCGGAAGCGACAGUAUACGGCACUGGAGAGAGCUAAUGGGCCCUACGAAAGUGCUGAAAACGGUGUACAUCCAUCCCGAAUGCAUCCGGAGUAAAUUCGGCAUCACCGAUACGCGGAAUGCCGUGCAUGGAUCAGCUCAACUUUUCUUUUUAGACUCAGAAGCAUCGGUAGCAGCGGAAAGGAAGUUUUUCUUUGGAUAAGCUGAUUUCGUGGACCGUCUGCGAUGUCAUAGUACCUGUAGCACGUAGAAUAAUUGUAUCGUAAUUAAAUCAAUUGCUAACGUAUCCUUGAUCUAAGGAACCUAAACGCUUAUGAAUGUUGGAGGAAAUCAUACUUACCGGCUACUUUGAUCCUAACUAAUCGCAUCCUUGUUAUCAUCGAAUAACACAUGCUCCUUGCUAACUCAGCAAUCUGGGACAUUCACUUCUUAUCGUCGAGCUUCGUUUUGAUUUUCUUUUCUUUGGCUCACAAUUUAGCCUCAUCAUUUAAAAAAAGUCCUGUACAGCCCAUGAGCGAAGUUAAAUUAAGAUAAUAGCAAUAAUUAAAUCCAACAAACUCCAUUCUGCAAA